AUGACAUUCACAGCUUCGCCUACUGGUUUUGCGAAUAUAUUACGUUGUGAUAAAAAUUCUUCUGCUGGGUCAAAACGACAUGAAACACGGACCGUUGCGCAAGCGGCCGCGCUCGGAAGCGGUGCGGUGGAGACAGCGGUUGGAAUCGAGGUGGGACCAUUGCGAACUGCAGAGGUUGUCGGCUACGCGUUGCUAGGAGCGGUGAUCUUCCAGGCCGUCGAGGGACCGCAUGAGGAGCAGAUACAAUCCUCAGUGACAGCUGCGAGGGGACGUGCUGUUGAUGUCGUCUGGAAUGCAACCUUCCGUGUGAAUCGCCUAAAUCAGGAUCAGUGGAAGACGGCUGUUUAUAAGGAGGUGAAGAAGUUCCAGAAAGUUUGUAUGCAGGCGAUCCGAAAGGGUUACGACGGCAAGGAGUUCAAGCAGGCUGCUCAGUGGACGUUCACAGGAGCGUUUCUGUAUUCUCUCACUGUAAUCACUACUAUAGGUUACGGAAACACCGCUGCUAAGACUUACAUCGGGAAGACCCUCACGAUGUUGUACGCGAUCAUUGGAAUUCCCUUGAUGCUGCUUUUCCUUACCAAUAUCGGUGAUGUUAUGGCAAAAAUAUUCAGGUUCCUGUACGCUCAGUCAAUUCGCCUGAAAUACCGGCUUAUCCUGUGGCACAAGAAGCGAAAGGCUGCAAAAAUCCGUCGAGCCAAUUCGCUUGUUUCUCGACUCACCCGAGCUCAUCGAGUUAAGGCCGACUCGUCGAUUGAUUCCUUUGCCGUCGGCGGUCCUGAUGUGGAGGAUCUGCUUACCGCCCGUGUGGAGAUGGAACAGUUGGAGGUUCGAGAGACCGCUCAAGCUCAACUGGAGAAAAUUAGCGUUCCGUUAUCGUUAGUGGUGCUCACUAUGUUCGCCUACCUCAUUGCUGGUACAAUUCUUUUCAAACUAUGGGAAGGCUGGACGUUUUUGGAAAGCUUCUACUUCUGCUACAUUUCCCUCACCACCAUAGGAUUUGGUGAUCGCUUUCCCGGCGCUUCCGUCGGCAAUGACAAAGACGCUCAGGAGAAAUUGGUGAUCACCUCUGUUUACCUUCUUUUCGGUAUGGCACUCCUCGCCAUGUGCUUCAACCUCGCUCAGGAAGAGGUGCAGCUCAAAACGCGCUGGAUUGCCGACCACUUCCGUUCCAAGCACGACGACGAAGAUGACUAG